AAGCAAAUAUCAGAAGCCUAAGUCUCUAUACACAUUAUUAUGGCACACAAAGCACUAGCCCCAUUGGCACUACUUAGCCUCCUACUUAGUGUCCUCUUACACACCUCAUAUGCAGGUAAUAUUGCUGUUUAUUGGGGUCAGAAACACGAUGAGGGUAGUUUGGCUGAUGCUUGUAAUUCAGGCAAUUAUAACUAUGUUAUUAUAGGUUUCCUUGCCACAUUUGGCAACAACCAAACCCCACUUUUAAACUUAGCUGGCCAUUGUGACCCAAACAACAAUGGAUGCGCUUCUUUGAGCAGUGACAUUAAUAAUUGCAAAAAUAAAGGAAUUAAAGUGAUGCUCUCAUUAGGUGGUGGAGCUGGUAGUUAUGACCUCUCCUCUGCUGAUGAUGCAAGGAAUGUAGCACAAUAUUUAUGGGACAACUUUCUUGGGGGUCAAUCAAGUACUCGUCCAUUAGGUGAUGCUGUUUUGGAUGGCAUAGAUUUUGAUAUUGAGGGAGGCACAACCCAAUAUUGGGAUGAAUUGGUGAAAGCACUAUCAGGCUUUAGUCAACAAAGGAAAGUGUACUUAAGUGCAGCUCCACAAUGUCCCUUCCCAGACCAGUGGCUAAAAUCAGCUAUAGACACUGGUCUAUUUGAUUUCAUUUGGGUACAAUUCUACAACAAUUCUCCAUGUGAAUACUCUGGUAAUGCUGACAACCUUAAAAAUUAUUGGACACAAUGGACAUCAAUUCAGGCUGGUCAAAUUUUCUUGGGAGUUCCAGCAUCUCAGGAUGCAGCUGGUAGUGGCUAUAUUCCACCAGAAGUUCUUGUUUCUGAUGUGCUACCAGCCAUUAAGGGCUCCCCAAAAUAUGGGGGUGUUAUGCUUUGGUCAAGGUUCUAUGAUCAAAGUUAUAGCUCAGCUAUUAAGCCCAGUGUCUGAAUUAUUCAGCUAGUAAUUCCUAUUAAGUCUUGUGAGCUUAGAUAAGAAUCUAUGAUACAAUAAAACCUUUCUCUGAAAUAUAGAAUAUGUAUAAUCAAACAUUGAGGUGAUGAUGUUACUAUGACAGUAUAAAAUGUUGAAUUUGAAUCGUAUAAUAAUAAUGAACAUUUUGUUUGUAUAAUUGCAUAGUUACAAAGUUUGAAAUAUUCAAGAUUAAUUUUUAUU